AUCCAUAAGAUCACUAGCUAAUUUUAUUGAUUUCUGCAAUUGAGCUUGAACCAAUUUUGCUUCUUCUACUUGCACAAGCAAGUCUCUCCCCACAAAACUUCAUCUUCUCCCAAUUCCAUUUCUCUCUCUCUCUCUCUCUAAAGAGAAGUAAAGAACAAAGUGAAAGAGAAAAGAAGGGAAAAAAGAUGUCCUCCCCAAGCAAGCGGCGAGAGAUGGACCUUAUGAAACUGAUGAUGAGUGAUUACAAGGUGGAGAUGAUCAAUGAUGGAAUGCAAGAGUUUUAUGUCCAUUUCAAUGGACCUAAUGAGAGUCCUUAUCAUGGAGGUGUUUGGAAAGUAAGAGUUGAGCUGCCAGAUGCUUAUCCUUAUAAAUCUCCUUCCAUAGGCUUUGUUAAUAAGAUCUAUCAUCCGAAUGUCGAUGAGAUGUCGGGAUCGGUUUGUCUGGAUGUUAUCAAUCAAACCUGGAGCCCCAUGUUUGAUCUUGUCAAUGUGUUUGAGGUUUUUCUUCCACAACUUCUGUUAUAUCCGAAUCCGUCAGACCCCUUGAAUGGAGAAGCUGCUGCUUUAAUGAUGCGUGAUCGAGCUUCUUAUGAUCAAAGGGUUAAAGAAUAUUGUGAGAAGUAUGCUAAGGCUGAAGACAUAGGAGAUGCAACAGAAGACAAGUCUAGUGAUGAUGAGGAACUAACUGAAGAUGAAUAUGAUUCAAGUGAUGAACAAGUGGCUGGUAAGGCAGAUCCAUAGUGCCACUGUUCACUCACAAAUCACAAUGUAAUGUUAAUUAUUACCUGUAAAAUGUAAAUUAUGUUCUAGUUAUUAUAUAAUUAACAUCCUCAUUACAUGGAAAUGAACUUUGAUUGUUGUUAUUGGUAGGGGGGAAAUUCUCCUCCCUUGUUCUUAGCUAGUCAAUGUAAAUAAUGAUGCAACAUUUGAUUUCCUAAUGUAAUGUAGUUCUCUUGUUCAA